AUGAAGUUCCUGUCAUCUCUCGCCGGCGCCCUCGCCCUCACAACCGCCUCGGCCUCGGCCAUCGCGCACCGCAACACGGAGCAGACAUGCAUCACGCCCGGCGCCAUCCCCGAUCUCAAGGGCUCCGACAUCCGCAAUGUUGGAGUUGUACUCUUCCAGGCUCUCGACAUGAUCGACGUGUUCGGGCCCCUGGACCCCCUACAGCUCGUCUCGCUCAGCGUCCAGCAGCUCAACCUGCACCUCAUCGCCGAAACGCUCGAUCCCGUCUCUACGGCGCCCGUCGCCAUGAACAAGUUCAACUCGAGCUUCUGGCCGACUAUUCCUCCCACGAACACGUUUGCCGACGAUCUUGACCUUGACCUUCUCAUCGUCCCCGGCGGACCGGGAGCCCGGAACCCGAACCUCGGAGCUGUCACCGAUUACAUUGCCAAGAUGACGCCCAAGGUCAAGAUUCUCAUGACUAUUUGCACAGGUUCGGGCGUCGCGGCGAGGGCGGGCGUGCUGGACGGACACUUGGCUACUACCAACAAGAACGCGUGGGCGACGAUGAAGGCAAUGGGGCCCAAGGUGAACUGGGUGUCGCCGGCGCGGUUCGUGAUUGACGGCAAGAUCUGGUCUUCGUCGGGUGUCACCUCUGGCCUUGACCUCAUCUUUGCCUUUAUCGAGACUUUCUGGGGCUCUCAGCAGUCGCAGCGGAUCGCGAGCAUCAUCGAGCAUGUUCCCCGAGCUGCGACGGAUGAUCCAUUCUCACAGCAUUUCAACAUUACGCCCACAGAGGCUCAGCCAUGUCCCAAGGCGUGA